CAUCCCGGCACCCAGCACCUGCCCCGGUGCCCGCACUCUGCUGGGCACCCACCGCAAUGCCGAGGGGCAUCGCUGCCCACCGGGAAAGCCCCACCGAGAGCGAGAUGUGGGCAGGCUGGGAGCACCCAGCUCCCAGGAUUUGCAUGUUGGUGAUUAAGGCCAUGAGGCAAUCCUCACUGUUGCCACAUCAGGGUGAAUCCCCGGAACCCGCUAUAAAUGCCCUAAUCGAUGAGGCCGCGCAGAGCUGGGGCAGGAGCGAGCUGUGCCGGGCUGGGCCGCGCUUGCAGAGAGGAGAAGACACCGAGCUGGGCACCAUGUGCUGCUCCCUCACCCGCGUGCUGGUGCUGCUGCUGGGCGCGCUGCUGUGGGCGCCGUGGCGCGCGCUGCACGGGGCGCCGCUGGCCGAGCUCUCGGGGGACCAGGACUUCCAGCUCUUCCUGCACAAGAACCUGGAGUUCACCCGCAAGAUCAAGGGGGACGUGGCCGCGCUGCAGCGGCUGGUGUGCGACACCUUCCAGCUGUGCAAGGAGGAAGAGCUGCUGCUGGUGCGGCAGGACCUGGGCAUCGCGCAGGCACCGCUGGAGCAGUGCCACAGCCGCACCUUCCAGGCAGAGGCCUGCUUCAGCCAGAUCCGCGACGGGCUCCGCGCCUACCACGGCUCCCUCACCAGCGUCCUGGAGCUGCUGCCCGGCCACGCCGGCCUGGUGGAGACCCUGCAGCUGGACGCUGCCAACCUCUCCUCCAACAUCCAGCAGCAGAUGGAGGACCUGGGCCUGGCCACGGUGACGUUCCCCUCGGAGGACCGGGGUCCCCUCCCCGCCUUCUCCUCCCGCUUCCACCACCAGGUCGGCGGCUUCUUCAUCCUGGCCAACUUCCAGCGGUUCCUGGAGACGGCGUACCGAGCGCUGCGGCACCUCGCCCGCCUCUGAUGCCCAGCCCUGCACCCUAUUUAUUUAUGUCCCAGCCUGAGCAACCUUCCCCGGGAGCCCCCGGCUUUUUUGCUUAUUUAAUAUUUAUCGCUAUUUAAUAUUUAUCUGCUGGGGACGCUCCCCCAUCCGUCGGCCUCCGAGCAGGUUGGCUGGCCCUGCGAUGGCAUCCGUGCACAGGUAUCUGUGCGCAGCAUCACCCUUGUUUAAUAUUUAAACAAAAGCGUAUAUCUCUGCUAUGAGGUUCGGGAGCUGAGCUGAGCCCCCGCAGCUGCCGUGGGCACCGUGCGUGCCUCGGUUUCCCCAUGGCUUGCCCAGGGUGCUGCGGGUACUGCCUGCAGCAUCCCACCUGGCCAAGGGGAAACCGCCUUCAUCCGUGGAUGAAGAUGCUUCAGAGCAGCAUCUCCCUGCCCGGGCUGCAGCCUGCAGGGACAAAUCUGAGAGGUGUUAUUUCUAUUAGGCAUAGUGACAUUAAUUAAUAUUUAUUAGCCGUUAGGUAAGAGGGAGAGAGGGGGGGGGACGGAGGUGCCAUAGGGAUGCAGCAGCCUCCCAGGAUGAGGCUUUUCCAGGGGAGCCCCGACACCUUUGGGGGCUGUAUCCCUGCUCUGCCAGCACCCAUCCCCCUGCCCUGCUAAACUCAGCGUAUUUAUUUGCAGUUUAACUUAUUUGCACCCAUCUCCUGGCCUGGGGGAGCAGCUCUGUGCUGCUGCAGUGGGCAGGGCUCAGUGGGACACAAUCCUGCCCACCCUGAGCCUGGUGCAAC